UCUGAACAAACUAGGAGUUGAUUUUACUUCAAAUCCAUGUUUGUUGUUAUUUUUUUCAUGUCCAGAGUACGCAUGUCCCUAAAAUUUUUCCGAUUGCGAGUUACUCCCUGGAAAGUCUUUACUCUCAAGGAUAACUAAAUGAGAGUGAGACUAAUUAUAGAUAAGAAACAAAAGCAUUAAAAAUAUAAAAAAUUGCACUCAAGAUGGAAGGAGAGAUGGUAUUCAUUCAUCAUGACAAACCUAUUGAAGAUGUUACUGUCUAUGAGCAAUUAGUUAAAAAUAUCAUGAACGAAUGUCAGGAGCAGUUAGUUCCUGUUGAGUUUAACUCUGACAAUCCUACGGAAAUAUUGAGCGAAGAUGAGAAAGAAAUCAUUAUCGCGAACGGAAAAAAUCUGGGUACAGAUGAUGAUUGGAUAGUUGGCGUUGAUUUGCAGAAAUCAAAAAAUAGUGACAAUGAGUUGAUACCUGGAGACGGUCAUUUUUAUAUUCUGUUUCCAAAAGACCCAAAUACUCAUAAAAUUAUUUCAAACAUGAACGCCAGAGGAUUUUCCGAGGCUUCUGAAAUCAAAGACUGGAUUCAUGACUGGUCAAUUCAAUUCGUCGUAACUUUUCCUGGAGUCUUUGAAUUUUAUUAUAAAAACGGUUCUUCUGGGUUUGAUGACAAGACUGUUACGUAUUCCAAUGGCAGGGAUUCUCCAGUUGAAACACAAUAGAGCUCAUGGUUACAAUUACAAUUAUUAUCCACAUUUAUUUUUUUUGUUGAUAUACAUUCGCUUUUUUGCUAUUAUGGUCCUGGAGUCAACACGUGAAAAUGUCAAUUGAGCUACUGAGGGUACUGGCAUACCUAAGAUUAGCUGGAGAGGUCAAGUUAUUAAUUAGUUAGCAGAAUCAAGACAUAAGGUAUAAAAUAAACACGAGGGAAAAAAUGUCUAAUGUGUAAAUAUGACAUAGUUGAAUCGAUCGAUCACAUUAGCACACAUUCAGUGUGUACUCAUUCAAGAGACAUCAGAUUGCUCAUAGUAUAGAUAUUAUUGAGGUACUCGGAGCGACAACCAAAGAUAAAAUAUACAGUCUGCAAGUAAAUAAAGAUCUGCUUCAAGUUUAAACAUAAAAGCCUUCGUACUAGCGGAAUUAGUGCCUUAUUUAAGUCGGCUCGCUGUGAUAUAAAAGUGAUGGAUUACAAUAAUGAUACUCAUUCUAAAAACUAUAUUUUAUUUUUGCUGAUGGCUUAUAUUUUAGAUAUAUGCUGGAAAUUUUAUAGUCCAAAAGUAGGAAUCUAUUGUAAUAGAUCUAUGAUCUCAUAAAUAAAUACCUAAUAAAAAUAUA